GCGAGACACUUCCCGCACGACGAGGCCGCGCUUAACCUAUAUAACCAGUUGUCGCCGCUGAAGCGCUUACUGCCGACCAGCGCCCUCCGCCAACCGUACGCAAAACAGCCGCCGCGUGCGUCAGUCGCCGACGGUCCAGCCCAGUGCGCCCGCGUUGCCUCCGCUCCAGCCUGCCCGUGCCCGCGCGCUCCACUCAGUGACAGUGUGUCCAUCCGCAACAUGACCAAUUACAUCAGAAUCGCACUGGUGGUGUGCGCGUGCGUCGCGCUGACGACGGCGCAGUACAGCAUAGACUAUGGCUUGGACUACAGCGAUAGCUUCGCGCCUACCAAUUUUGGCGGGCCGCUGCUCAACUCGCUGUCGGCCGCCGGCGCGAGGGACCCUAGGGCGAACACCGGUCCAGUGGUGUUCCCCCCCUCCCCGCCCGGCGACCCGUCGCAGACCAGCGGCGUGGUGGUGGGCGCUUCAGGCUACGGCUUCGUUCCCCCCGGCUCGCAAGGUCCUGCGCAGCCGAGAUAUUUCCAUUACCCAGGAUUUUUCCUAAGAAGAUAGGAAAAUCACCUAGCAAAAAUAAGACCAUAUUAAUACGAAUUUGUACAAAUGUUAUUUAAGAAAUGAAAUUAUACAUUUGUAAUAUAUAAUUAUGUGCCUCAUUCCACAUUUAUAUAGUUUAUGUGUAAUGUAUAGGUAUAAUUUAGCAGUACGCAAGGUAAUUUUAACUAUUAUGUACCUACAAAACUGUGAUAAGAAGUAGCAACCUAAAUUCAUCAUUUUAAUUAUUUUUAAAGGAAAGAUAUUAUUUAGCCAAUUAAGAAUAGUUGAUGAAUCUAAGGCUAUAAUUUAUGUAAUGAUUAAAUAUCAGAUAAACUAUGCUGUGUGUAAAUAAAGAUAACAGUAAUAAU